CCCACUGGCUUGAGCACUGGUGGCUUCUCUUCAUGAGUUUCUGCUGUUCACCUCAGGAGCCUGGUCAGCACAUCCUUGAAAACCAGAGAGCCCACUUUGUAGUCUUCCUGAAAGUCUCUGCAUGUUCAGAACUUUCUGGAUAAGCAUAAAGAUGUGAAGGUACUCACAGGAAGGAAGCAAACCCAAAGGACAAUCAGGAGGUGAGACUGCACCAUGGGACAGCCACCAGCCAGAUAAUCCUCCCUGGGGUCAUUGUGAAGUGUCUGAAUGUAGGCUGCAGCAGUCCUGAAGGUUGAUGGAGGGCCAUGCUAUUCAAACAGCAGGCGUGGCUGAGACAAAAGCUCCUGGUGCUGGGAAGCCUUGCCGUUGGCAGUCUCCUGUAUCUAGUUGCCAGAGUUGGGAGCUUGGAUAGGCUACAGCACAUUUGCCCCAUUGAAAGCAGACCAGGCAGCACCCACAGCCAGGCUGAGUUCCCACUCCGAGCCCUGCAGUUUAAGAGAGGCCUGCUGCACGAAUUCCGGAAGGGCAACUCUUCUAAGGAGCAGGUUCGCCUCCAUGACCUGGUCCAGCAGCUCCCCAAAGCCAUCAUCAUUGGAGUGAGGAAAGGGGGCACAAGGGCCCUGCUAGAGAUGCUGAACCUCCAUCCAGCAGUGGUCAAAGCUUCUCAAGAGAUCCACUUUUUUGACAAUGAUGAGAAUUAUGCCAAGGGCAUUGAGUGGUACAGGAAAAAGAUGCCUUUUUCUUACCCUCAGCAAAUCACGAUCGAAAAGAGUCCGGCAUAUUUUAUCACGGAGGAGGUUCCGGAAAGGAUUUACAAAAUGAAUUCAUCCAUCAAGCUGUUGGUCAUUGUCAGGGAGCCAACCACAAGAGCUAUUUCUGAUUACACUCAGGUGCUAGAAGGGAAGGAGAGGAAGAACAAAACGUACUACAAGUUUGAGAAACUGGCCAUAGACCCUAAUACCUGUGAAGUGAACACAAAAUAUAAGGCGGUAAGAACCAGCAUCUACACCAAACACCUGGAACGGUGGUUGAAGUACUUUCCCAUUGAGCAAUUUCACAUCGUGGAUGGAGACCGCCUAAUCACCGAACCUCUGCCGGAACUUCAGCUCGUGGAGAAGUUUCUAAAUCUUCCUCCAAGAAUAAGUCAAUACAAUUUAUAUUUCAAUGCUACCAGAGGGUUUUACUGUUUGCGAUUUAACAUUAUCUUUAAUAAGUGCCUGGCUGGCAGCAAGGGGCGCAUUCAUCCAGAGGUGGACCCCUCUGUCAUUACCAAAUUGCGCAAAUUCUUUCAUCCUUUCAAUCAAAAAUUUUACCAGAUCACUGGGAGGACAUUAAACUGGCCCUAAAAUAGACCGCCAUACAACACUAUGUGUUGUGCCUGGAGACAUGCCAUCUGUUCUCUAGAUUAAAAUAUGCACUUUUCCUAGACACAGCUAUCCAACUCAUUUUUCCAUGUAUACUUGUACAUACAGUGUGUGACCAAAUAUAAGUAAGUUCUUUUUCUACCAAAAUUUACAAAAAUAAUAAUAAUAAAUUGCUGUCACCAUACUUGCAUCUUUAAGCUAUUUACAAAAAAAAGAAGAGAUGGUGGUACUGGGGAAAGACACUUCGCUCUUCUCAGAGUCAGUCUUCCUUUGAUUCAGAAUUUGUCACCUGCCAUUUUCAUAGGUUUAAGCCAAAAGAUGAAUGUGUGAAAACGUACCAAUGGCUAUAAAGCUUCAGGAAGCAAAGGAUUCAGUUACAUAUUUUUUUCAGUUACAUAUUUUUUUGCCCCUAAGGGAAAGCUGGCUCUUUAUUCAGAGGGUGAAUUGGUGCCAUGAAAACAGAAUAUGCAGAAUAUGCUAUUUUCUUAUUAUUUAAAGAAUGUCUUAGUUCAUAAAACUGACACUGUCCCAAAGGUCCUGUGGUGACUUUGCACUAUUGUUUUCUCCUAGUCAUUUGUAGCAUGUCAAUCACACAUCCAAGAGUCAAGUCCUUUGACUUCCAUGUUGUAUGUCAACAAAGAGAAAUGUCAUGUACAUAGUGUAAAUUGUUGUAAAUACUGGUUUCACACUAAGUAAUUCUAUUUUGUAAACUGAA